AUGGGAACUGAAGUUGUUGAAGAAGAUGUGAAUGAUGUGGAAGAUGUGGAAGAUGUGGAAGAUGUGGAAAAUGUGGAAAAUGUGGAAAAUGUGGAAGAUGUGGAAGAUGUGGAAGAUGUGGAAGAUGUGGAAGAUGUGGAAGAUGUGGAAGAUAUGGCUAAUUUUUUUAGCAAAUUUAGGAAAGCAGCAACUCCAUUAUGCAUUUGCUGGAGUACUGCUAGAAGUGCUUUCUCCCAGUUCAGACUGAGUCUCGUUGAAAGCAGCUCAUGCGAUCAAUUCAACGCGUACACUUAG